CUCUACCAUGCCUGCAAGUGCAAGUGCAAGUGUUGUCCCUGAUGCCUACGAAGGCAACUCUGUGAAUGUGGUGUUGGACAAAGUCCCUGAUGACUUCAACUCAUUACAUGAGUUGCCAGAUUCGUAUGCAUGGACAACCCUCAACGAGCAUCCCUCCCUGGAGUCGGACUCCGUCCCCGUUGUCGAUCUGAAUGACCCAAAUGCCCUUCAACUGUUAGGCCAUGCCUGCAAGACUUGGGGUGUCUUCCAACUCACAAACCAUGGCAUCCCCCAGUCUCUGGUUCAUGCCAUGGAAUCUGCUGCUCGAAGCCUUUUCUCCCUGCCAGCCCAACAAAAGCUCAAAGCUGCCCGCUCACCGGGUCAAAUUUCCGGCUACGGCUUCCAUCUCAUAGCUGCCUUUUGGGACAAGCAGCAGUGGUCUGAGUGCUUCACUAUUGUUGGCUCACCACUUGAACAUUAUGCGCAACUUUGGCCCCAAGAUUACACCAAAUUCUGUUGCAUUACCGAAGAAUUUGAGAGAGAGAUCAAGAGGCUUGCCUCUAGGCUCGUGUGGCUAAUGCUUGCCUCGUUAGGAAUAUCCAAGGACGACGUCGAAUGGGAUGGUCCAAAAGGUGAUGAUCAAAAUGCAUCUGCUGUCUUCCAGUUCAACUCUUACCCGUCUUGUCCGGAUCCAGAUCGGACCCUAGGCCUUGUUCCCCAUACUGAUUCGAGCCUUGUGUCCAUUGUCCACCAGAGCAACAUCGAUGGCUUGCAAGUUUUUCGGGAGGGCACCGGUUGGUUCACGAUUCAACCAGUUCCCGGUGCUCUGGUGAUCAAUGUUGGUGACCUCAUGAGCAUAUUAUCUAACGGUUUGUACUCGAGUGUCCUCCAUCGGGUCUUGGUGAAACGGGCACAACACCGUAUAUCACUUGUUUACCAUUAUGGACCGCCGGCAGCCGUCAAAAUCGCACCCCUAGCAAAGCUUGUUGGCCCAAGCCACCCUCCCCUCUACCCGCUGGUCACUAAUUGGAAUGAGUACAUUAGUACCAAGGCAAAGCUCAAGGGCAAAGCACUUCCAUCACUUCGGCUUUAUGAUCCUCUUAUGAAGUAA